ACAGGAGGGGGGAGAAAAGAAAUUAUGAGAAGGGAUGCAGGUUUCUCUUAGUAUUACCCAACCUGUGGAUUCCAGGUGCGAACAGUUCACUCCCAGCGGCUCCACAGCGUCCACACCUCGUGUUGUGCCGAUUAUCUUGGAGCAGGCAGUACUAUGGCCACACACUGCACACACUGAGUAGGCAUCAAUGCACCAACACAUUGUGUGUUGCAACAAAAUCGAGGCUGUAUAGGGUUGUGGCAAACAAAGGAUUAACGGGUUGCAGGCGAGCUGGAGCCUACCCUCGCUGACUUUGGGUGAGCUGCAAGAGGCGUUGUACACCAGGAAUUGUUCACCGGAGGGAAGAUAUCCAAGGACACAUAAGGAGGGACCAAAUACCUGGUGUUCCAAAAUGAGCCCAGCCUUGUUACCUGAAGAUCACAAGUUGGUGUUUCCCCUCCUCCUCCUCUUCCACGUCCCCUUCACGUGUUUAUCUCAGUCAUCAUCAACAAGCAACAUCAGUGAUGGGACAUCAACCACUUCCUCCUCAAACUCCACCUCCCACAAGGCAAUUCCAGGCUGCCGUCCAGGACUGGAUCCUCUGUAUAGGUACCUGUGUGACCGCAGAGCAAUGUGGGGCAUCAUCCUGGAGACCCUGGCGUCCUCUGGGUUCCUCUUCAGUAUGGUCCUCCUUUUCGGCCUCCUUCUCUGGUCCCUCUGGAUCUGCGUCUCCUUACGGCACCAGCGCAGCAAUAUCGGAGGCACAUUGGCAUGCACGUCCAUGUUCCUGUUGGCCACAGGUGGCAUCUUUGCCAUCACCUUCUCCUUCAUCAUCCAGCUCAGCCCUCAGACUUGCCCCACCAGGCUCUUCCUGUUCGGCGUCUUCUUCUCCUUGGCUUUCUCCUGCUUGCUGGCUCGCUGCCUCGCUCUGCUGGGCUUCGCGGCCGCUCGAGGAUGGGGCGAGCCCGCCAUGACUCUGGGGCUUUUCACCGUGCAGGUGAUCAUCUCCACAGAGUGGCUCAUACUGGUCUUGGUGCGGGAUAAGAAGCCCUGCGAGUACAGCCAAGAUGAGUUUGUCAUGCUGCAGAUCUACGUCCUGUGCCUCCUGGCCCUCAGCUUGAUCCUGUCCGUGCACUUCCUGUGUCGCUCCUGCUUUAUGUACAGCUACAGCUACGCGGGUGCCACCCACCAGCAGAGCAGGCAACAGGCUGUGCUCCUCUUCCUCACGCUGUUGCUCUCUGCCGGCAUCUGGGCGGCAUGGAUCGCCAUGCUCAGCAGAGGGAACUCGAAGUUGGGCCGUCGGCCGCAGUGGGACGACCCGGUGCUCGCCAUGGCCUUGGUCGCCAACGGCUGGGCGUUGUUGAUGGGACACGGCUUGUCGCAAGUUGCCUUCCUCUGCAGGGGGGAGGCCAAAUCCAAGGAGAUCCCUCUGAGCUUUGCGGGCUGGACCAGCCCCAGUGCUGACAUCCCAGGAUUGAACAGUCCCAAGGCGGGAACAGAGAACGGAAGCUUCGAGAACGAGCCAGAAAACAGAAGAGGCAGGCGAGCUGAUCCAACACUGCGAUCACCCUACGAGUCCGGAUUCUCUAUGACCGAAAUUGACCCCAAUAAAGAUUACACGAUUCCUCGCCCUCAGACCACCAACUACAGAGAACCAUAUGAUGAAUAUUAUGGACAAUUUUAAAAUCGCUCUCUUGCACAUGUGCAAGAAAUGUAUGCUCUACUUGGCACAAAAACAAUUCAUGUAUUUCUUGAUUGUAAAUAUUGUGUGAUAACAUACAACUGAAAUACAGAAGGUACAGUACUAGUACUACUAGUUAGUGCAGUAUGCUUGUCUACUUCAGGAGCACUGCCAAGGUGCUUGCAACCCUCAACCCUAAUUUGGUAAAUGCCACAUGCCUCACUACAAGAUUCCUGUUAUUUCCACCUGUCAAUACACAAAGAAAAAUAUCAAAAAUAAUGAACAUUUGUAAAAUAAAUAAAUAAAAUAAAAAUAUUGGUAUAC